UUCGACUUUGUAGAUAUGCGCCACGCCACAGAUUACCAAACUACUGCUUAAGACUGCAGUCUAUUUAUCUAUGGCUAUCUAGUCUUUAUCUAUAUCUAUGAGACUGUGAUCUGUGUUGAGAAUCAAAACAAAUCAUUUUUAGCGGUGUUCUGCGACUUUCGGCAUAGAUAAAGACAAGCAUUUUCGGCCUCUAACACCUUAUUUACUCUGAAAAUGUCUCAGAAAGUGGACUGGGCCAACUUUGUGGCUCAAACCGAAGCCAACUUGCCGAACGUGAAAGACAAAGCAGACGAUUCCGAUGAUGAAGCGCCAGAAAACCAGGCCGAGGCCAGUUUAUUGGCGAAAAUCAUCCGGAAAGGGCUGGUGGCUAACAAGAACGACAUUGAGGUGCAAAGGCAGGAUCCCAAGUCGCCUCUUUACUCGGUGAAAACGUUCGAAGCCCUUAACCUCAAACCCAAUCUGCUGAAGGGCGUUUAUGAGAUGGGGUUCAAUGCGCCGUCGAAGAUUCAAGAAAUGGCGCUUCCCACUUUACUAGCUGAUCCGUGCCAGAAUUUAAUCGCCCAGGCCCAGUCAGGAACUGGAAAAACAGCUGCUUUCGUCCUGGCGAUGCUCAGCCGAGUGGUCCCCGAUAAACAUUAUCCGCAGGUUUUGUGUCUCUCACCUACCUACGAGCUGGCGAUCCAGACCGGUGAAGUCGCGGCCAAUAUGGCAAAGUUCUGUCCGGAAAUCGAAAUGCGAUUUGCUGUGCGAGGGGAGAUGCUUCCCAGAGGCACAAAAAUCGCUGAGCAUAUAGUGAUCGGCACGCCUGGAAAGGUGCUCGACUGGACCAAACAGAAGCAUUUAGAUCUCAAGAAAAUCACCGUGUUUGUGCUCGACGAAGCGGACGUGAUGAUCGAUCAGCAGGGGCAUCAAGAUCAAUGCAUCCGAAUUCACAAAGAUUUGAGCGCUUCGUGUCAAAUGCUGUUCUUUUCAGCCACCUAUUCUCAAGAAGUGAUGGACUUUGCCGAACAUAUCGUAAAGAAUCCCAUAGUAAUUCGUCUGCGACGCGAAGAAGAAAGUCUCGACAAUAUCGGCCAGUACUAUUUCAAAUGCUCGACUGCAGAUGAAAAGUACAAUGCCCUCACCAAUAUUUACGGUACUUUAAGUAUAGGACAAGCUAUUAUUUUCUGUCGGACGAAAAAAAUGGCCGAAUGGUUGUCGCAAAAAAUGAGCAAUGAUGGUCAUGCUGUUGCCAUUCUAAGUGGAGAUCUCACCGUAGAGCAGCGAAUUAAUGUUCUGGACCGCUUUCGGGAAGGAAAAGAAAAAGUGCUGAUAACCACCAAUGUUUUAUCCAGAGGAAUUGAUGUGGAGCAAGUGACCAUUGUGGUGAACUUCGAUCUACCCGUGAAUGUGGAAGGAAAAGCGGACUGUGAAACUUACCUGCAUCGAAUUGGCCGAACCGGACGUUUUGGCAAGAAAGGCCUGGCCAUUAACCUGGUAGACUCGGACAGCUCUAUGAAAAUACUGCGGGACAUCGAGGAGCACUUUGGAAGGAAAAUUCAGUAUCUCAAUGCGGAUGAUUGCGACGAAAUUGAAAAAAUCGGUCAAUAAGGUUAGGGUGGGAUGGGGUGGGGUCGGAUAUCGCCAGCAUUAUUGGGUAAUUAAGAUCGAAUUCAUUUCAGUUUACUGUGAUUGUUCCAAUAAAGGUUAAUUUUUUUAAAUAA